CCUCCUGCUCGUAAUGCGCGACAGAGACACGCCUUCUCAAAUCCAGAGGAACCGGUCAGUCGACGGGCCCGACAGUGUCAACACUGCACGAAACGUGAGGAAGAUGGAGUCACGAUGAGGAAGUGUAGCGCAUGUCAGGUCGACAGGUACUGUAGCAGGAACUGUCAGAAAGCCGCAUGGCCUGUUCAUAAGCACAUCUGCAAGCUUAACCAGGAGACGGUGACCACCCUUGAAGCUCGGCCGGCGGCGUACCUCGAACGCCUCGAAGCUCUGCGCGACUUCACGCGCAAGCACCGUGCUACCAUUUCCGAGGCUGCCUUUUUCUCCGUUCGCCACAACUACCUCCCACCUUCCACCUCGGACCCUGUCGCUGCCUCCAAGGAACGCGAAGAUGUGCUCGUCAUUGAAUUGCGGACCCGGCCGAACGCUCACCGCGCACGGCCCGAGAAACGCUUCUACGUGAUGGGUGCACAGCUCGAGACAUUCUCUUCCUUCUUCCCGGAAGAGAAACUCGACGAGAUGCACUUGAGGCUCCGGAACUGCAGAGAGGAGGCGACGGCGCAUCGAGGACCGAGUGGAGCCGUAAUCGUUGUCUUCAGCCUCAAUGACCCUGACAUGGAGCUCAUGAACGUCAUGCCGGUUGCUUUCCUGCUCGAUCAAAGCGACGUAGAGGAACUGGGCAGACCGUGGAAGGAGUUCCUCAUCCAUAUGUUG